AGGCUGGAGUACAGUAGCACGAUCUUGGUUCACUGUAACUUCUGUCUCCUGGAGUCAAACCAUCCUCCUGCCUCAGCCUUCUGAGUAGCUAGAACUACAGGCAUACACCACUAUGCCUAGCUGAUUUUUGUAUUUGUUUUUAGAGACAGGGUUUUGCCAUAUUGUCCAGCCUGGUCUUGAUCUCCUGGACUCAAGUGAUUUGCCCACCUCAGCCUCUCAAAGUGCUCAGAUUACAGGCAUGAGCCGCCAUGCCCAGCCAAUAAUUCUUUGUAUUAAAUUCCAUUUGUAGGCUAGGCACAGUGACUUAUUCCUGUAAUCCCUGCACCUUGGGAAGCCAAGGUGGAAGGAUUGUGCCAGGAGUUCGACAGCCUGGGCAACAUAGUAAGACCUCUUUUCCACUAGCAAAAACAUAAAAAGUUUGCUAGGCAAGGUGGUACACACCUAUAGUCCCAGCUACUCAGGAGGCUGAGGUGGGCGGGUCACUUGAGCCUUGGAGUUCAAGGCUGUAGUGAGCUAUGACUAGGCCACUGCUCUCCAGUGUAGGAAACAGAGCUGUUGCCUGCCUGAAAAAGAAAAGAAAAAAAGAGAGAUGAAUUCCAUUUGUCAUCUGCCUAGGCCUGAGUGAUCUAGCUACUAGAACCAGGAGUGGUCCUAGGAAACAACUGUCAAAGAUGGGUCAAAAUCAGAGAACUAGAAAGCUUAACUACAGAUAAGCUUCAAAUGUAAUAUAAAUUAUUUACUUAAAUGAUAAAUAAGAAAUGUAUUUCUUGCAGCUACAGGGUCAAUUUGGAAUAAUUAUAAGUUGAAUUCACAGCCUUGCCAGUCUCUUAUGUGGAAGUUAGGGAAUAAGAACCUGAAACUUGGAACUGGGAAAUCUGGGUGGACUCAGAUGAAGCUGAGAAUCCUGAACCCUUGAGUUAUUCUUUGCUACCUUUGCCAAUGGAAGCAGCUUGCCUGUCAUGUCUAAGAAGAUCCACUUUCCCUCGCUUAAGGACCCUGUGUUAAGAUUGCCACCAAAAGAAUGGCAAGAGUUUGCUACAUUACAUUGUAGAAACCCGGAGAAUAUGUGCAUGAAUAGAUUCUUAGGGUGUUAGACCAAGGAAGACAGAAUAGAACUUAGCAUUAGGUCAAAUUUAUUGAUUCAGGUGCACUGAUCAGAGAUUCUGGAUUCAAUGUGUUGAUUUGUGCAGGGGUAAGGGGCUCUAUUGUUUACUUAGCUGCUUGAGUGGACCUGGGACUUGAUGGUGACCUAUAUUUAAAGAUAUUGAGAUGCCAGAACAUUCUUGGUAUGUUGUAGGGGAUGGUAUAAAAAGGCUUAGGGGGAUGUUGGAAUAGAUUUGUUAUGGACAAAUCACAUACCCACCCACUACAUUCUCCAAGGGGGCCCAGAGGACAUUCCUUUCACUAUGACAUUGGGAAAUUCAUUACUGAGGGGACCACUACUAUCCUUGAAGACUCAGUGGUGGCUCUCCUCUUUUGGCCACAUAUGAAGAUAAAGAGAUGUCACCACAGAGAUGGGCUCCUUGAUCCACUGGGGAUAAUGAGAUCCAAGAAUAGCAGAGGCCAAGUGGUAGCAUCCAACUGCCAAAGGCAGAGCAGGGCACAUACACUGUAACGGACAGUAGGAUGGUGGGCAUCACAGUGUUUUGACUCACAGGAAUCUUGGCAUUGGCUAGUUGUCACAGUGCCUGUAGGACUGAAAGAGAUGGGAAUGCUACUAAAAGGCUGUGUGCUCCAUAUAACAGGGAAAACUCUAUAUCUGGCUUCCAGAAGCUGAUUUGAGUCACCACAGUAAAGAGCCAGAACUUCUUUUCCCAUUUUUAGACCUAGGAUUAACCCAGAGACUCUUCUUUGAAAAGAUGGCUGGGUCCCCUUAAAGAAAGACUCUUUACAAAUGUAUUCUGUAAACCAUCCUGUAAGCCCUCCCUAGAAGGACCUCUGACUGUUACUAGAGUGAACCACCAUAGCCCACAGUCAAAGUCAGGGCAGACAGCGCUUAGGGCCCAAGUUCAGAUCACAGAGCACGCAGCCUGUGGUUACUUCCCCGCUUCCUAAAUAGAAUAGAUGCACUUGGCAACCAGCAAAAUCCCAGCGUCAGCUCCACAACACAAAGUGGAAGCCUCUGGAAUUUCCUUUUCAACCAGGAGGGUAAAAUAUCUGCUGCCAGUUUUCUCACAAAUAAUUGAAAGAUUAUUCAUCUUGCAAAUGCGAGGAUUCACUUUCUUCGAAGGCAGCACAGCCUAGUCUCACAGGAGGAAAGCAGUUGGCCCCUUUUAUAUGCCCUUGGCCCUAUUCCUUUCAAAAUAAUAAUGUACCAUUAUUGUGCUAAGCAGCAUUUGCUGGCUUCCUGAUCCAGAUCAACAUGAAAUUAUGCAGCAAGUCCUUAUUUAACACCGUGGAUAGGUUCUUGGAAAUUGACUUUAAGUGCGAAAACAUAUAACAAAACCAAUUUUACAUAGGCUAAUUGAUAUAGACAAGAGGUAAGCUCCUAUGGUGUAUUUCUGGUUACAAAAACAUUACCAACCUUCUAAAUAAAGACCCCCAAACAUUCUAUUCAUAAACGUUAAAAUACAUGUGAACUAUAGGUACAUUUAAGAAAGAUUAAUAAUGAGAUAAUGAUUUACUCAGGGUUGUGAGGGGCUGAACCCUAUCUCAGCAGCUCAGAGCAUGAGGUGGGAACUGACCCUGACCAUCUCAGGGCGCACUCACACACACCCACAGUCACCCACACUGGGACCAUGCAGACAUGCCAUUUCCCCUCACCGGUGCACAUCUUCACGCAUCUUCUGGUUUCUGGAGGAAACCAGAGUACCCGGAGAAAACCCACGCAGAUGUCAGGAGAAUGUGCAAACUCCACACAGACAGUGGUCCUGGCUGGAGGUGAUUUCUUUUUUUCUCAUCAGUGUUAUAAGAAAAAUCACAUCGAACUUGACAGCUUUAUUCAAGGACUUGCUGUGGCUUCCCCCCUCCCUUAUUCGCAAAUGUCUCCUCUAGUGGGGAGGGGAGCAGUUCUCAGUUCAUCUUGCCACGUUACAUCUCUAAUCUGUAGAUUCACUGAUGCAUUGACUCAUUCGUUCCUCAUCCGGCAAGCUCUCUGUAUACUUGGCUCACUGUAUACUUGGCCUGUGCUGGACACUGAGUAGUAGUUGAGGAAGCCAUGCAUUAUGUGCUCAAGACGGUGGCCCAGGGAGGGCGGAUAGGGAAGCAAUUUCAAUGCAAUAAAUUUUACUGUUGAAGAAUAUUCAGGGAAAAGAGAGUCAAGGAAAGCUUCUGUACAAAGUACUUUCUAAACUAAAUCUCAGAGAGCCAGUAGGUGUUGGCCUGGAAGGACGACAGAGCUGCCACAUGGAGGAAACAGUGUGUGGGAAGGCAUGAGGACCAGAGAGAGCACAGCACAGUCAGGAGCAGGAGCAAGCUCAGCACAGCUGCAGUGCUGUGUGGGGAGUGGAGACGCGGGAGGGGGAGCCUGAGAGGUCUGUAAGGGCCAGACCACCAGUCUUUCCUGGCCAGCUGAGAAGCUUGGAAAUAGUGCAACCCAGGCUUGGCCACCGUAGAGCAGGCCUGUAUUGCUUUCUGACAGAAGGACACUUUACAGGUGGAAGGGAAGGGGACAGCACAUACCCACCAGGGGCCAGAGGAUGAGCUUUUUGGAAAGUCCUUCUGGUUCUCCUUUUCUCGUCUCACAGGUUGGAGUGCAGUGGUGCAAUUAUAGCUCACUGUAACCUUGAAUUCUGGACUCAAGCAGUCCUUCCCUCCUUGGCCUCCCAAAGUGCUGGGAUUACAGGCUUGAGCCACUGCACCUGGCCCUUCCUGGGGCUUCUAUCCAAAUACAAGGUUUGUGCUGGGACCACCUGUAGGAAACUGCCACCUUGUGGGUAAUGCAGGAAUUACAGCUCUAAAAUGUUCCUUAUUUCUCAAUUCAAUACAUAUUUCCUAGUAAUUACAAGCCAAAGUGCUGGGAUAAGUAGCCAUCUAUCAUGUGGAGAGAAUAGAAAUGCAUGCAGAAGUCACUGAAUGUUCAGAGGUAUGCCUGAAGUAAUGGGUUGGUGAGGGAGGUCAUGGAAAGCUUCAGAGAUGACACCUGCAUUGGGUCAGGUAAAAAAAAGGGGUCUUUAGAGGCCAUCUUCACUUUCCAUCCUGCAGCACAGAAUAGGAAGGGACUCACUCAAGGUCGCACAGCUCUUCACGGCAGACCUGGGGCAAGCACCCAAGUUUCUGGGUAUCUCAGCCCAGAGCUCUUUCUUGUACAUGGUUGGCCUUCAGUUUAAAUGGAUCCCACUCCUGGUGCUCUAGAAAUGGCCUUAGCAGAAUCUGAUCUUCUGCUCCUGCUUGUUUGUAGGCCUCGUCAUGGUAAUUUGUCACAGCCAGCUUUCUGGUGCAGUGAUCUGCAUUCUGUCUGUGUGAAAUUGCAAAAAGCUGAAACUCUCCCUAGGGUGGAUACUGUACUGAAGCCAGGAUCUUGUCCUCCCUGGGAAGAAGAAACAAGGUGUGUCCCAAGAGCAUUUAUCCUCAGGGACUAGCAUAGUCCUUGGUACAUACAUAGGUACUUUGUAAAUAUUUGUGAUAUGAAUGAAUGAGUGAAGACAGGGGAGGUGGAUAGGCCUGAGAGGUCAGUCUCAGCUCUCCUGUGGGCUUAUCCAGAAUUGAGUCUCUUCUAGAAUAGUCUGGAAAGAUUAGCUGGGGACAGAUCACAAAGGUCACUUGAAUGCCCAGCUAAAAAGAUUCGCUUUUUUUCUACUAGCAGAGGGAAAGCAAACCUGUUUGAGAACAGGGAAGGAGCAGGAUCAGCAUAUAGGUUGGUUUCAUUCCUCAUCAAAGAGAGAAAAGUAGUCCCAAGUCAAAAGUCAUGUCUCUCCCAGAAAGCCAUUGAUAUUACUUUGUGAACCCCAAAAUAUUGAAGACAGGUUUCAAUCAAUUUAGAAAGUUAAUUUUUCCAGGGUCAAGGACAUGCCUAUGUCAUAGCCUCAGGAGAUCCUGGUGACAUGUGCCCAAGAUGGCCGGGCACAGGUUGGUUUUAUGCAUUUAGGGAGAGAUGAGAGAUCAAUCAAUACAUGUAAGAUGUACAUUGGUUCAGUCUGGUAUGGUGAGACAAUCGAAGUAGGGGCUUCCAGGUCAUAGGUAGAUAAGAGACAAAUGGUUGCAAUCUGCUGAGUCUCUGAUUAGCCUUUCCCUGAAUGCACAGUUUACAUGUGAGAGGAGGGUAGAGGAAUUGUCGCUUAUCCCUUAGUCUGGCUCAGUGAAUCUGCAUCUUUACAUAAACAGUAGGGCAGAGGGAGCAAUCAGAUGUGCAUUUGUCUCAGGGGAGCAAAGGGGUAACUUUGAGUCCUGCCUGUCCUUUGUCCUGCACCUGUGAAGACAAGCCGUCAAUUUACAUAGCCAAGGUGAAAUUCAACAGAACUGUUUUAGGAUAAAGACCUACCUUGAGGCCCACGAAGAAUUUCCUUGUGGGCAAAUUAUGAGGAAAGUAUAUAGUUUUUUUUUUAAAUUAAAGCUUUGUAGCGAUUUUAUUUCAAAAUAAAAUGGCAAGUGGGUUUGCCUGACUUAGUUCCAGCUUGACUCUUCCCUUUAGCUUAGUGAGGGUCCAAGAAUUAUUUUCCUUUCAAAACUUAAUGAAGAAAUUGCACUAGGUCUUCGAGAUAUCUGAGUUCUUUUGUUUCUAAAUUUAAUCAUUAAACCAUAUCUCUGGAGAAUAACUAGAGGCUGUCCUGUGAUAAGCUCACAGCACGCAGGAAACAAGCACAAACUUUGUGAUACACCGUUGAAUGUCCUUCUGCAACAUCACCCAGGCUGUGAACCUGGCUACAUCCUGGGCCUCAGUACAGUCACUCUUCCUAACUUGGGUCUGGUGUAGUCGGUAAUCUAUUUCCUCACUCUCUGCCAACUGCAGCACCAUUGCAUAACUCCUGGAAAGAAGCCUCUGGUGGAGGACUCCGUUCUAUACAAUGUUUUUAUCGAUAACCUAGAUGAACUCAGAGAGAGUAUUCAAAUGCUCCCAAAGAAAUUAAUAUACAUUGGAUAGGAAAAGCACUGUUCAAAAAGUCUUGUGUAGCUUAGCAUGGUGAAGAGAAAUCACAUGUUGAAAUGUUCUGGAGAUAAAUGUGGCGUUCUAUGUUUGAAACUGAUGCAACAGUGAGAAAGCCCGAGAGAGGGCAAAUGAAAUCUAUCAUGCUAGUUUCAAAACGGUCCAAGUACGGAGCAUGGCAGCCCCUCAGAAGUGAGUCCUUACUACUAUGAACCAAAUUUUCCUGAAUUUAAGCAUUUUAAAACCCAUGUCGUUGCUUUUCUUCCCACUUUAAGGUGGCUGCCUUCCUGAUGUCCCCAGAGCAGUAGGUGAUAAUGCAAUAAUGACUCUUCCUUAAUGGUAUGAAGAGAGGAAUUGUAAAAUUAUGAGAAAAAUUGCCAUGAUCAUCCAAUAAUUUAAAAUAUCAGUGGAACCAGGAAGCACACCUUGGAUGGGCACUCCUGGAAGAGAUAGGCACUCUCCAUGUGCCUAGAAGGAGACCUUUGCAAUUCUUUUCUAUGAAUCAUGUGACAAAGAUGCACCAAGAACUGCUUCUCCCAGUGAAGGAGACAGAUUUCCUGGUUUCAGAGGAAAUACAUUUACAGUGUUUCUUUGCUUUUAGACAUCCAGCCCAAGAGGUAUAUUGUACUCAAUCUUCGUAUUUUUCUUUCCCUUUUGUUUUUCUUUCUUCGUUUUUGUUUUGAGAAUAAGUAUGUAUGGGGCCUUCCCUGUAUCCCAGACAUUAUGUUGAAUCAGAUCUAGCUGUGGCUUCCUUCUGUGGCUUCUGGCCCAGAAGGGGACUGUGACUUUGUGAUUGUGUGCUCAGUACAAGGCACAUAAUCAGCUCCCAAUGAUAGCCAGUGUUCACUGAGUGCUUAGGCACCAUGCUAAGUAUUUUGUCUAUUAGCUCAUUUCAGCCCCACUGUCCAUAAAGUAGGUAUAGCUUAUCUUAGGUAAAACUGAGGCUUAGAGAGGUUAACAAUGAAACUUGCCUGAAGUUACACAGCUGACAAAUGAUGGAGUUGGCCCUCAAAUCCACACUUGGAACCACCACACCUGACUACAUCUCCAGAAGUAUGUGUUAAAUGAACAAAUAAACGCUUGACAUGAGAAGGAUGUAGGCCAAGCUACAAGAGAAGAUUGCAUCACAGUGAUCAGAGGAUAUUUCAUGGCAGAUUCUGCUUGAGGCAGGACUUAAUGAAAAAGAGGAAUUUGGAUCAGUAGAGGUAAGAGGAGCCGUUCCAGGCAGGAGUGAAGAGGUCAGGGUUGGCAAACACAGAUGACCUUUUUCAGUUAUGGUGUCUGUUCACUGCCUCCAUGACCCUCUCCCACUCCACCACGGCUGAUUUGAUCAGGGGUGUUAUGGACUGAACUAUGUCUCUCUCCCAAAUUCCUAUGUUGAAGCCCUAACUCCCAGUACCUUGGAAUGUAACUGUAUUUGGAGAUGGGACAUUUAAAGAGGUAAUCACAUCAAAAUGAAGCUUUAUCCUUAAAAUAAAGGAUGGUACACAUGGUGCUUGUGAGUCCUCUACAUUCUGUGCUGUGUCUGUAAGGGUAACACCAGCUGCUAUAACAAAUAAGCCCCACACUUCACCAGCUUAUUAUGAAAGAACUUUGCUUCUUGCUCAUGCAUUAGUCUGUGAGAAGACAGCCGGUGUAGAGGACGGUUUUCUCUGUGUGGUAAUUCAUGGACCCAGGUGCCUUCCAUCCUGUGAUUUCAUAUCCUUUAGAGCCUUAGAGUCCAACCAGCAGAUGGGGAAGAGGAAGGUGGGAAAGACACACUUGUUCCUUGGUCAUCUUGGCCUAGAAGUGACACAUAUCACUUCCACUCCAUGGGUGAGACCUGGUUUGUGUCUCUCCCUAGAUGUCAGUGGGGCUGGAGAGUAUGGCUUGGGAUGAAAAGAUCCUUACUUUAUAGAAAGGGAGCAGGAACACCUGGUGGAAAGCUAGCGGGUCCUCCCACAUGGUUGAAAUUUAGUUCUGAGCUUGUCUCCAGCCUCUUCUCCCUGCAAACAGCUGCCUUGUUUCCAAGAUAAUCUGGAAGCCAGUGGUCCUAGUUUAUUGCCUGUAAUAAUUUUUACAGCUAACCAAAGGGGCCAUGGCUGCUGGGCAAAGCUCUGACAGUUCAGGGGAAUGGUGUCCACAGCAGGGGCUUGAAAGGGCCAGCAAGAGCCCAGGAGAAAGGAAACAGGAGCAUGACUCCUGAAUUUGCAGCACGAGAAGGGGAGGAAGAGCUGAGCGGUCAGCAGUGUUCUGGAAUGAGGAAGUGGGCUGUCUGCUUGCUUUCAUUUCUUAGGUAAAUAUUUGUGGGAAGUUUGCCUAUUCUCUGAGUUUUUCAGUGCUGUGACAAGAACUGGGCAGAGCAUCAGCUCAUCAGAAGCAGUGGCGUCCAAGAGCCCGAAGGAACCCAGAGAACAAUUGCGAGAAGCCUCCUCUGCCAGCGGGUUGCCCACCGCGGCUGCACGAGGUACCUCCCCUCCAAGAUGCUUCCCAAAACCACCAGGACCGGGCAGUUAAAUGGCACCUGCACCAGCUCAGUGGACAUGGAGCUCUUCCUCCAUUACUCCCUCAUCCCAUCACUCUUCAUCAUUUUGAUCUUGUCCUUCCUCCAAAGACGAGAGCAUCGUAGACAGAGAGAUGAUACCUCUUACCUUCUGGGGAACCGCUUUGGAAUCAUCAUGCCUCUGGACUUUGUGGGCACUUUCAGUAACCGAUGGUCCUAUGGAAUCGCCUUUGGGGCCACAGCUAAUAAGGUCAUGUUUUUGUUCUCAGAAGGCUACCAGCCCCUGCAGAUCCCACAGUGGGCCCAAGCCUUUGAGCUUCUGAUUGGAGGCCUUGAAGUUGGCCUGUCUCACUUCCCCUUCUUUGCGUGCCUCUCGUCGGAGUUCCAGCUGGUCAGCUCCACCCUGGGCUUCUGCUACUCUCUUAUCUGGUUUGCUGUCACCAUUCUUCAAGUUUCACAGUGUCCCCAUGGGCAGUUCGUGGGGAAGUACGAGACCCUUGUGUUCUACUGGCCCUCACUGCUGUGCCUCGCCUUCCUGCUGGGCCGCUUCCUGUAUAUGUUUGUCAAGGCUCUGAGGGUACACCUUGGCUGGGAGCUCCAGGUGGAAGAAAAGCCUGUCCUGGAAGCGCACCAGGCAGAGCACGUCAAGCAGCUCCUGAGGACACCCCACUCACAAGAAGAAAAAAAGUCUUGGUUCCAAACCAGGAUAUAUGAGUGGGAUCCCUGCUUUCAAUUCCCAAGCAGAAUGAUUGGAACCAUUGUAUUGGCUUUCAUCUGCCUGUACCUUUUCAUUGUCAUCGAGUUCUGCAUGUUUGUGUACGUGAGAGAUGAGCUGGACAUGUUUGAAAACAAGCUGGAGAGCUACAUCACCUCCGUGAACCAUUCAGGGAUCCUGACCCCAGGUAUCCUGCAGGUGAAAGAGCUGAUCAGCGUUACCAAAGGAGUCUGGGUGGCGACCAUUUUACCUGCCUCACUCACGUGUGUGAGCUAUCUGUUCCACAUUUUGGUCUGUUACAGAAAGCACAUAAAGAGGCUCUGGGCAGGAGAUAAACACUUUCUGCCUUUGAGGUUCCAUAACCCGGCCUCGUCGGAGAGCGUGGUGGCCAUUGCAAGGUACUCUGGCUGGCAAAUAGCCUAUAUUCUAUGGGGCUACCUCAUCAUUCACGUGGUGCAGAGCCUAUGUGGCAUGGCAAUCAUGUACGGUCUGGUGCUGCCCAUCGUCCACAAACAGGGCCUAGAGAUGCUGCGAGGGCUGGGCAUCGGGAUCCUCACCAUAUCCAUUGUUGUGGGUCUCAUGAUCCUGCAGAUGUGGAUCGCCGCCAGCUUCUUCCUACAGCCAAAGCUGGGCACAGCUGACAAGCAGAAGCCCCUGGCUCUCAACAACAGGAAAGCAUUCCACAACUUCAACUACUUCCUGUUCUUCUACAAUGUGCUGCUGGGCCUGGGGGCCUGCCUCUCCAGGCUGUUCAUCAGUUGCCUCCUGGGCACGUGGCUGAUUGCCCGCAUUGACAGGACCAUCAUGCAGAGUGGCUAUGAGGGAGCAGACAUGGAUUCUCAGAAAAAACUCAGACACCAUUGGAGAGCAAACUGGCUGUGCAGUUAUAUCAUGAACAGCACAAAUCGGCCAUGUCAGGAGGUACUGCCUGGCCUGACCUGUCUCUGGAUUUCAGGGUUCAGUGCAUGGAUCGGCAUGCUCUACGUGGACCAUUAUCACACCAACCCUGUGCUCGUCAGCUUUUGCCACAUUCUGAUCACAGAUCACAGGGAGAGGAAGCUACAGCAGACCACCAAAUACUGGUGCCUAAAUCAAUUGGCAGAAACUGAGAAAAGAAAGACUCAAAGUGUUGGGAUUCCCAGGCCAUCACUUUGUAGGAUUGGUGUUAGUUCACUGGGAGAAGACAGCUGUUGCUAGACAAAUGUCCUGGCCCAAGUGUCUUACCUGAAAUACUGCAGGUCAGAGAAAAAUUCUGUGAUAAGUUCUAUUCUGGUAUUCUGUUAACAAGGUAUAAAGGAGAUAUGCAGGCGUUUCAGAAUGCAAGCAUGAGGGUUUCUUCUUUAUGGCUCCACCCCGACACCAUUUUGGUUAGGGUUUUGACAUAAGUAACUCCACUUUGUAUUGUUUACUUCCCAUGAGGCCACAGGUACAUGCUGGGAGAGAGAAGGCACUGUAACAAGAGUAGGAACCACAGGCAUUUGGACCACUUCUUCUUGUGACUGACUUGAGUCUUCAGGUUCUGUUCAGGCUCAAUCACUAUAUUGUAAUGCCUCCAAAAUCCAAAUAGCCCCACCAGGCAUUGUGCCUCUUUCUGGUUGUAGGAGGAGCUAGAUGCAGCAUCUUCCCCUUCACUUUAGAAGGGAUAGGUUGACAUGCCCCACACCACCCAAACCCUAAAAAUUUUGCUGAGGUAGAAGUCUUAUGAAUUAUAAAUUUAUUUCCCUUUCUGACACACAAAUGUCUCACCAAUAAGUCUAGGGUAGUUGCUAAUUCUCAUUCAUUAGAUCCAAUCAGUCUAAUGUCAUUAAUGUAAUAGACUAGUGUGAUAUCUUAUGGAAAGAAAGGGUGAUCAAGAUAUCACAAAGAUAUUUUGGUACUUCCGGAAUCAAUGUCAGUUCAGAACCAGUGUCCAGUAGUUCAUGAAAAGUCUGAUUAUUUCCUUUUCCUCAAUGCACAGUUACCUUGGUAAAGAGCUGUCUGUCCCUUGUGGAAGGCUGAGAGAGAGAUUAACAGUACUGUCUAAAUUUUCAUUGUGUCCUUCCUUGAGGGGGCCCAACUUCCCCUUCAUUCAAAGAGUGUAUAAACAGACUCAAAACUGAGAAUUGAUUGAGGAGCCAUGAUUAUUUGUUUUUAGCUUCAAAUUAGACUUUUGGUGACUUGACCUGGAAUUUUUCUGCUUAUAUGGAUCAUAUAAAAAUUUAGUAGACUUACUAUCUAUUUCAGUUCUAAGAACAUUGUAAUUAACUAGUAUAACAAAAUGCUUUGGUCAAGCAAAAGAACCCAGAAAGGUAGUGAUAUCAUUCGAUCUGAAUCUGAAGACCUGAAAACCUGGGAAGCCGCUGGUGUGAAUGAGUAGCCAACAUAGGUCUGGGUGCAAGUCAGAUAAUUCUGAUUGUUUCUUUGACCCAGCUAUUUAUUAUGUGGUAAUAUAAUAUGGGCUGUUGGGCCUCCACUUGACCCCUGCCAGUUCAAAAUUCAAUUACUCCCAUUUCAUUUAGGUUUUCCAAUUGAGUGACUGCUAUUUCCACUGUAAGGUCUGGCCUAUAGAGAAGAGAGAUUGCAGAGCUCUUUAAGGAUACUGGAACUCCUCUUACAAAUUUAUUUCUCAAAGUAUUGGAGAAAAGCAUGUCUUCUAGACCUUUCAGUGUGGGUGAUUAGGUUUUAAAUGACAAAUUCAAUUUAACAUUCUACUAUCCCUGAGCCUUUAAGUCCCUUCUUCUACUUUAAACCAAGAAAGAGCAUUCAUUUCCAAUUUGCUCGUCUUUUGAUCCGUGACUCAGCAAACUAACCAAACAAAUUGUUAGAGCUCUUUCUAACUCCUCAAGCUGAAAAUCUCUGCUUAGUGAUCCCAUUUAAUAAAUUCAGUCUGGUUCAGCUUUAUGCUCCUUCAUCAUUAUCCCACACCUUUAAUAUCCAUUCUCACACAUGUUCUCUGGAUUCCUACCUAUAUAAAUUAGUAAACUCAAACAGAUCUUCUGGAGUGUAGUGUACCUCCUCAUGGGUCACACUUUGUACCUAACCUUAGGUAUCUGCUGGGACUUGAGUCUAGUUAGAGGUCUGGAGACGGGUGGUACAGGUAGAUCUUGAGGAGAAUCAUCAUUAUCCUCUUUCAUGGUAACUAUCUCAUAUAAGGCCAUUAUUUCUUCAGGCAAUGGAGGGUUGAUGCCCUCAGAUAGAGGGCAUCUGUUGGGGGUGGGAAAGCCACUUUUUCUGGGAAUGGGGAUACCUCUUCCAUUGGCAAAGAAGACAUCAAAAUUUAGCAGCUCAGUGUCUCCAGCUUCAUCAACAUUUUUCUCACACAUCUCCAUCCCAAUCUUAUUUCCUAAUGAAGGCCUGAACUUAGUGGAUGCCUGUGAGGCUUGGAGUUUGGCUUGCUUUGUAAUUCAUCCAAUUACUGGGAUAAGAUCCUGUGUCUGAUUUUCAGUAAUUUCAAUCCUCCAUCUUCAGGAGAUAAGGGCACACAUAGCCUCUCUUAAUUAAGUCAUUUAUGUGGCUCUUAAGCUUGGAAUUCAAAUAUCUGACUCAAAUAGCUUUUCUUUCACUGCUUUAUCCAGUAGUGGAAGCAAUCAACCAACAUUAUUAUAUUUCUUAGUUUUCAAAAAAUGUUUGGAAGUAUCAUACACAGACUUACUUAGCUCUUUCCUUCUUAUAAGUGGUUAAUUGGAAAUACCCAAUUCAGAUAUUUUGCACAUCUCUAUAAAUAGUUCACUACAUGGACUGUCAGUGCUCUACUACUGGAAAUAAAGUCAUUAGCAUCUUUAUAUCUAAACAGAUUAGAGAGCCAUUUUCAGAAACCCCAAAACCAGUUCAGAAAACUAAUCCUUAAAAUUCUUUUCCUCUAUUCUUAGUGCCAAAAUCUGUAUUAAUGUUCUCCAGAGAAACAGAACCAAUAGGAUAAGUAGAGAGAUAGAUAUAGAUAUAUAAAUAUAGAUAGCCAAGAGAAGAUGUAUUAUGGGAGUUGGCUAAUGUGAUUACAGAGGCUGUGAAGUCCUACAAUAUGUUAGAGUCAAGCAAAAGAAUCAGGAAAGGUAGUGAUGUAAUUCAGUCUGAGUCUGAAGACCUGGGAACCUGGAGAGCUGCUGGUGUAAAUUCCACAGUUAGAAGGCAUGAAAACUAGGAUCUCUAAUGUCCAAAGGCAGGAGAAGAAGGAUGUCCCAGUUCAGAGGGAGAAAGAGAGAGAGAGAAAAUUCGCCCUUCUUUCACCUUUUUGUUAUACUUGGGCCUUUAAAGGAUUGAAUGUUGCCCACUCAUAUUGGUAAGGUCAUAUAUAUAUAUGUAUAUAUAUAUUUUUUACUCAGCCUACUGAUUCACAUGCUAAUCUCUUCUGAAAGUAGCCUCACAGAUACAUCCAGAAAUAAUGUUUUCCUAGCUAUCUGGUCAUCCCUUAGCCUAGUAAAGUUUACAGAGAAAGACUUCUGGUCUUUCUGGUCACAGCAAAAAAAAUGUCACCUCCAUGAGAACCUGUCUGAACCCCCUACCAAUGGCUUUCCAGUCCCACUCUCAGCACCCUACUAUGAAGUGGAGGACUUACAGUACCAGAUAUUGAGACUCAGUUUAAAGUUACAGUAGUGAAGGCUGUGUGUUCUACUAGUGCAAGGAUAGAAAUUAAGAGAAAUAGAAUAGAAAGCCCAACUCAGACCCACACAUUUAGACAUUUUAUAUAUGAUGAAAGAGGUGUGCAGAGCAGUGGAGAGAAGAUAGUCUUUUCAGUAAAUGGCCCAGGUCAGCUGAUUCUCCAUAUGGGAAAGAAAUGAAUCUUGACUCCUAACUCACUGUAAACAAAAACCCAUUCCAGGUAGAUUGUAAAUUUAAAUGUGAAAGUUUAAAAUAAUAUUUACAGUAGAUAAUAUCAGAGAAUAUUUUCGUGACCUUGAGGCAGGCAAAGAUUUCUUAGGUAGGAUACAAAGUGUACUGGCCAUAAAGACAAAAAUUGAUAAAUUGGGACCUACUAAAAUUGUGAACAUCAUUUCAUUGAAAGAUACCUUUGAGAGAGUAAAAAGGCAAGAACAGAAUGGGAAUACAUAUUUGCCAGAUAUAUGUGAAAAAGCCUCAUAUUUAUGAUAUGGAAUGGAUUCCCAUGAAUUCAUAAGAAAAAAGACAUCCAAAUGGCCAACGAGUAUAUGAAAUGUGUCCACAUUGUUACUAACCAGGAAAAUGCAAAUUAAAACCAUAAUGUGAUACUACCAUGUAGUGGCUAAAAUAAAAACAGGAGACAAUAUCAAGUGUUGGUAAGGAUGUAGAGCAACUGAACUCUUAUACACUGCUGUGUGGUAAACUGAUACAACCACUUUAAAAAAUUCUUUGGUCUUAUCUCUUAAAGAUGAACAUACACAUACUCUAUGACUCAGCAAUUUUUCUCUUAAGUAUACACCCAAUAAAAACGCUUACAGAUGUUCACCAUGCAAAAGAAUGGUCAGAGCAGCAUUAUUAUCGGCAGUCUCCAAAUUGAAAAAAUCCAAAUGUGUGUCAGUAGUAGAAAGGAUAAAUAAAAUGGGGUAUAUAUUUCUCAAUAAUGGGAUAUAUACAGAAGUAAACUCUAGACACAUUCAAAAAUACGGAUGAGUUUGGCCCGGUGGCUCAUGUCUAUAAUCCCAGCACUUCAGGAGCUAGAAGCAGGAGGAUUACUUGAACCUAGGAGUUCAAG